CACAUCGCAAUUGCCCGCCGCCUCCAUGAAAAAGCACCACAAGUUUCUCUUUUUCUUCCACCGCUAUAUCCAUCGCCGAACAUCCAAGCCCUACACCUCGGCAGCUCACCGCGCCGUCCCCAUAUCCUUCCCCUCCAGCCCCGCCUCCUCCACCGGCCUUCGCGAACUCGACCUCCUUCACGCGGGCGAGCUCGCGCCGACCCCGCGCUUAUAUCACUCCAUCAUCGCUGCUUGCGCACAGUUCAAGAACCUCGCCGGUGCUCGUGCCAUCCACGCGCACCUGUCCCGCUCCUGCCUCGCGGGCGAUGCUUUCCUCCUCAACUCGCUCAUACACAUGUAUUGCAAAUGCGGCGCCGUGUCGGACGCGCGCCACGUGUUCGACAAAAUGCCCAGCCGGGACGUGGUCUCAUGGACCUACCUCAUCGCGGGCUAUGCACAGAACUACAUGCCGGCAGAGGCCAUUGGGCUUCUACCCGACAUGCUCAGGGCGCGGUUCAGGCCCAACGGGUUCACGUUCACCAGCCUCCUCAAGGCCACCGGCGCCUGCGGUGGCUGUAGCAUUGGGGAGCAGAUGCAUGCUCUGGCUGUGAAGUACAACUGGGAUGAGGAUGUCUAUGUGGGGAGUGCACUUCUGGACAUGUAUGCACGGUGUGAACAAAUGGACAUGGCCAUUAUGGUGUUUGACCGUCUGGUCUCGAAGAACGAGGUGUCUUGGAAUGCCCUGAUUGCUGGGUUUGCAAGGAAGGCCGAUGGAGAGACCACGUUGAUGAAGUUUGCAGAGAUGCAGAGGAAUGGAUUUGGGGCGACACACUUUACGUACUCGAGCAUGUUCUCUGCAUUUGCUCGUAUAGGUGCUCUUGAGCAGGGCAGAUGGGUGCAUGCACAUUUGAUUAAGUCUGGGCAGAAACUAACUGCCUUUGUGGGGAACACUAUGCUUGGCAUGUAUGCAAAGUCCGGGAGCAUGGUUGAUGCUAGAAAGGUGUUUGAUCGUAUGGAUAAGAGGGAUCUAGUUACUUGGAACACAAUGCUCACUGCACUUGCACAGUAUGGUCUUGGAAAGGAAGCAGUCGCUCAUUUUGAGGAAAUUAGAAAAUGUGGCAUCCAGCUUAAUCAGAUCACCUUCCUUUCUGUCUUGACAGCCUGUAGUCAUGGAGGCCUGGUGAAGGAGGGCAAGCACUACUUUGACAUGAUGAAAGACUAUAAUGUGCAGCCUGAGAUCGAUCAUUAUGUAAGCUUUGUUGAUCUUCUUGGUCGAGCUGGCUUAUUGAAAGAAGCUCUGAUCUUUGUGUUUAAAAUGCCCAUGGAACCAACAGCUGCUGUUUGGGGAGCCUUGCUUGGGGCUUGCAGAAUGCAUAAGAAUGCUAAAAUGGGGCAAUAUGCAGCUGAUCAUGUCUUUGAACUUGAUCCAGAUGAUACUGGUCCACCUGUGCUGUUGUAUAACAUAUACGCUUCUACAGGUAAAUGGAAUGAUGCUGCUAGAGUGAGGAAGAUGAUGAAGGCAACUGGUGUAAAGAAGGAGCCUGCAUGCAGUUGGGUUCAGAUCGAGAAUUCGGUGCAUAUGUUUGUGGCAGAUGACGAUACCCAUCCGAAAUCAGGAGACAUAUAUAGGAUGUGGGAGGAGAUAAACAUGAGAAUUAAAAAAGCAGGAUAUGUCCCCAAUACAGCUCAUGUGCUUCUGCAUAUAAAUGAGCAAGAGAGGGAGACAAAGUUGAAGUACCAUAGCGAGAAGAUUGCACUUGCAUUUGCGUUGAUCAACAUGCCUGCAGGGGCAUCAAUUCGGAUCAUGAAGAAUAUUAGGAUAUGUGGGGAUUGCCAUUCUGCAUUCAAAUAUGUCUCCAAAGUAUUCAAAAGAGAGAUUGUUGUGAGGGACACUAACAGGUUCCACCAUUUCAGCGAAGGCUCUUGUUCCUGUGGAGAUUAUUGGUGAAUGGUGAUUGUGGAUUUUGGAUGUUGGUGAAUUCUCAGGCCCUAAAAGGCUAAAAGGAAAAACAAAACAGUGAAGUGGGAGCUUUGUAAUAACAACUGGAUCAAGCCUUUCCUUCGGUAGAUCACAACAGCCAUGCGGCUCGGAGAAUUUGUUUCCCUCUAGAUCAUCCACAUGCAUCAAAUUAACCUUCAACCAGGUGCCGCAGAUUGCAUUAGAUGGUGUUGGACUGUGGAUGGAAAGUACCAGGCAAAAUCAGCUUAUGAUGCACAAUUCAAGGACAUCUUUAUUUCCUUCAAGUCAAACCUAAUUUUGAAGACAAGAGCUGAAAACAAAUGUGAAUUCUUUGCCUCUUGGACUGUCAUACAAGAGAAGAUCCUCACAGCCGAUGGUUUGGCAAUUCGUGGCUAGCCUCAUCAAUCAGUCUGUGUUCUUUGCAAUGGUCCCUAGAUUACCUUUAUGCCUGCAGUGCCCUUAUGCAUAAUUGAUCUGGUCACAAGUCCUAGCCUCGGAACGGAUUAUUCUGCCUCAUACGUGUGCCUGGGAUAGCUUUCCUUCUGGUUAUCCUAAGAAAUACCAAUGGCUCGGCUGCAUCCUAUUGCAUGGAGCAGUUCUUGUCAGUUAUAGUGUAUCAGGAAACCGGUGCUUCCACACUAUGGUUAAACGCCUCAAUCAAUGGCAACCCUUCCUGUUUGUUUAACUUUAACCUAUAUGGAAGAGACGAGUAUACAUGGGGGCAUUGUUGUGAAUUGAUGUGGGGUGUCCGGAUAUCAUAUGAGAACCCCUCUGAGAAACAAAAGAUGCUUCAUCUGCACUGAUGAUGGUACCAGAGAGUACUGUGAUCAGACUUUCAAACUUGAGGAUGGAUCACAUCCUCCUAUAUGAUAAGCGUUGUAUGAGUGGGGUGCUGUACACGUGUACUAUUCUAUGGCCUUGAAGGUGCACCCUGCAAGGGGCUAAUAUAUUGCUUACCACCGGCAUUAUCUGACGC